AUGGCGACUAUUAAAUUCACCAACAACUACAUUAAGGUCGACUGCGACCCAACCGUCAAGUCGAUUGAUCUAUUUCUCACCGACAAGGGCGAAGAGCUGCCCAACACUAGCAAGUUUAGCGAGAAGACAUACUCCGGCGAGUCCAAAAAGGCGGUCAUUACCUACAAGACACCCCCACCAGCACCGACCACCUACUCGGUCGGCGCUGGCAUUCCCUUUCCUGACGGCGCUCAAGUCACUAUCACUGGAGGGGCAGACGGAUCUCAGCUAGUUCAGGCUGCAGACAAGAACGGAAACAAAGGCACCUGGAUUUUGGUGGGUGUCGAUGAGAAGGACUGA